AUGGUUCCAGGCCUUACUGAUCUGCAAUUAGAUGCCAAGGCUCCGUCCACAGUGUGGGGCCACGCAAUUGCCGUUAUUGAGGCUUGCCCUGUUAGCCAUCCCUUAGUAAACUUUGCUUUAGAAGGCGCCAAAAGAAGGUUCGCCCGACUUGUUCAGCCUAAGGAACCGCUGUCGGUUAGUACCUUACAGGAAAUAGCUGCCCGUUUUGCCUCAAGCACUUCGCUUUCCGAUCUUCGUUUUUUAUUUAUUCCUUUGGUUGGUCUUGCCGGCUUUUUUCGCAUUGCUGAGAUCACGAAUAUAGCACUUCGUGAUGUCUCUAUACUUAGUGAUCAUAUGUCUGUUUAUGUGCCUCAGCGCAAAAACGACCAGUAUCGGGAAGGCCAUACUGCUUUUCUCGCUAGAACCGGCAAGGUUACUUGUCCUGUAGCUGUUACUGAACAGUUGAUUAAGCUUUUACCACAGUCUUCCUCUGCGUUCCCAUUAGUUCGCAGAAUUGUCAAAGCCAGGUCUAAGGAGUAUUUUCAUUCUAGUUUAGGUGUUUCUGUUUCCACUUUAAGGGAGGAAUUUAAGAGGCAUAUUAAGCCAUUUGUUAGUGAUGUUUCCAGAUACGGCACGCACAGUUUGAAGUCUGGGGCGGCUUCUAAUCCGGCUUGUUGGAAGAUAGCUGGUGACUUGUUAGAUAUCCACGCUGGUUGGAGGUGCGAGUCCACGAAGCAUAGAUAUAUUAAGCACGGCCUAAGCGAGCGUUUAGCUGUAUCUAAGGAUCUGUCAAUUUAAUGUUGUGAUAUUCGUCUUAUGUUUACCAUUAUGGCAUUACAUUUUUUUUCCAUUAUUCG